AUGACACACCUGGCCUAUAAUCCCGGUGCCAAUUUGUUCGACGGCAACGCACCGGUGCUUACGGUGGCCGACCCGGCGCUCGUCAAACGGAUUCUGGUGAAAGAUUUCGACGUAUUCUCCGAUCGAUACCAAACGCCGUACCCAAACCCCAUCACCGGCGUCGACCACUUGGGCGAAGCGCACGGCGCCGACUGGCGGCGAAUGCGCGCCGUGUGGUCGGCCAUGUUUACCGGCGCCAAACUCCGGCACCUGUGCCCCACUCUGGCCGACUGCGUAGCCGAACUCGUGCGCUCGCUUGAGGCUAGCGUUGGCGCUCAAACUGACCUAGUGCCUAUAUUCGAGAGAUUCGCCAUGGACGCCCUGUGGAAGGUCGGGUUCAGCGUGAAGUGUGGCGCCCAAAGUGACCAUGGUGCCGGCAACGUGUUGGUGAGCAACUACAACAAGGCGUUCAACACGGACUUCGUGCGCAGCCGUACGCUGCAAGCCGUGUGGCAAUGGAUGUUAGAGAUCGUCGGCGUCCUUAACAUUAACGCCAUGACGUAUCUCAUGUUUUUCAUGCAAUUCAUUAGGCGGGUAAUAACCGAUAGGAGGCGCCAACAGAAUGAUGGUUACAACGACUUUAUUGAAUGUUUCAUGAAGUCCGUGAGAGAUCCUAAUUUGGAAUUCAGGGCAUCUGGGUCGUCCGUUGCUAAUGAAAAAGACAACUCGCGUGAGUUACUACCGCAAACUACCAGUAAAUAUUUGACCGAGAGUGAGGUGUCGGCUAACGGGUGGCUAUUAUUAAUAUCGGGCACCGAAACCAUUACCUCAAGCCUGUCGUUCGUGGCGUAUGAGUUGGCCCGCAAUCCGGACGUUCAGCGACGGCUACGCUAUGAGAUCGUCGCCGCGACGGACGACACCAAUGGGAACAUCGGUUACGACGCGUUGACACGACUGCCAUAUUUGGACGCCGUUUUGUCGGAAACCCUGCGACUACACUCGCCUUUUCAUCGUGUGAUCCGAACGGCCACCCGGGACUACACACUGCCCGGGACUGGAAUUAGCAUGCAAAGGGGUCAGAAGGUUGAGGUGCCCGUGUACGCCAUACACAAUCAAGAUCGAUUCUUCCCGAACUCCGAACACUUUGACCCAGGGCGUUUUUUGACGGAUCGUAGGCCGACAAUGUAUAUGCCAUUCGGUGUUGGGCCGCGAAAUUGCGUAGCUGGUCGAUUCGCCAUGCUCGAAUUAAAAAUGGUCGUGGCACAAAUUGUGAAAUGUUUUACGCUCGAGAUAGUUGCCAAUGCGGACGUACCGGUGCCGUUGAUGAAUCGUCAGGAAGCUCAUAAGCCAUCGAGUGUUGUGAAACGGGAUCUCGAAACCGGAAGUCCUGUCAAAAGGGUUGACUUUUUGCAACUAAUGUUGGAUGCGAUGAGAGAUGAUAACAAUGAGGCCAUCAAUGGGUCCGAAGAAUAUACGGAUAGUAAGAGUGAAGAGAAAUAUAAGAAAAUACAGGCCACGGAUGAUGUGAAGGAUAAAAGCCUUUCGUACGAUGAGCUCAUAGCCCAAUGUGUGAUGUUUUUAAUCGCCGGCUAUGAGAACACAUCGACCACUCUAUCCCUUUGUUUGUAUAGUAUUGCUAAACAUCCGGAAGUCCAGCAAAAAUUAUACGAAGAAAUUCAUACAUUUCACGAACAAAAGAUAUCGAGUGCCGAUUCGUACGAAACAAUAAACUCAUUGAAAUACAUGAACGCAGUCAUCGACGAAACCCUACGACUAUUCUCGCCCCUCAUGUACCUGAAUAGGGUGGCCACUGAGGACUACGAGUUAAAGGGCACCGGUAUUAUCAUCAAAAAAGGGCACGAGGUGCACAUCCCGACCUACCCCAUGCAUAGAGACCCGGAAUACUUUACUGACCCGCAAGUGUUUAGACCGGAAAGGUUUCUACCGGAAAACAUAGCCCACAAUCCCUAUACGUAUCUACCAUUUGGCGCCGGCCCUCGAAGCUGUAUUGGCAUGCGAUUGGCUCAGUUGGAGUUUAAAUUAGCCCUGGUUAAUCUCAUACAUCGUUACGUUUUCCACGCAACACAA